GUGUUCAACAAAAUGGAGUCGUACAUGUAAUAGCUCUUUCUUGUCAAGUGUUUAUUUGAUGUCUGCUGCACAACAUGUCUUUGGAGGAGCUAGAUCAGGAGCCGUUCAGCGUUCAUGAAUUUGUUGAGCGGCUGGCAUGGAAGACAAUGGGGAGCCGAGCCCGGCACACCAGCCCGGAGGACUUCGACCCCAUGUUGCUCCACAGCACAUUCGAGAAGGUCAUCCGUGACCUGAAGGAGAAGAAUGUGAUGAUUGCCAGGAAGAUUGAGAAACUGGAAAAUAAUUGCAAAGAUGAAGAGAAACGACACUGGCAGCGAGUUUCAGAACUACAAAAAAAGAAUCAUGCCUUGUACACCCAUUUCCAGAAGUUGGAUGAGCGUAUUAACUAUGUAGCUACGAAGGUCGUUCACCUCGGUGACCAGCUGGAGGGGGUCAACACGCCUCGGGCCAGAGCUGUUGAGGCCCAGAGGUUGAUGAACUACCUGUCCGAGUUUCUGGCAGACGAGGCACUCAAGUCUCCUGUCUUGACAGACCCCUUCCAGCUCCAGCUGACUGCGGAUGUCAUUCAGAAGCUCCACAUGAUCGCUCUAGAGCUUCCCGGGGGAAAAUUUGACAAGGCAAGACAGAGAAUUGCAGAUAAGUAUGACUCGGUGGAGAAGGAGCUGAUCGGAGAGUUCAAGCUGGCACACCGGGACGGCGACCAGCGCAAAAUGAAGAGAAUAGCAAGUGUCCUACAGAACUUCAAGUCAUAUGGUAUCUGCAUCGACACAUUUAUCACUGAGAGUCAGAAGCAUUCCUUCCUGAAGGAGAACGUGUUUGACGACGUGUUGCCGCUGUGUCAGCGGACGAGUCAACUUAUCAACCACGUGUUCACCAACCCAGAGAUGGUCAUGGGCAAGUUCGUGCAGAGCAUAUUCCAGGGUAUUCUGCAGAUUCAUAUAUCCAAGAGGUUGGGAGACCGAUCAGACCAGGAACAGUACCUCAAGAAUCUCAACGACCUGUACGUCAGGACCAAGGAACUUACGACAGAGCUGUCUGUCUUCAAGCUGGGGAACGACAGCUCCUUCCUCAACAAGCUGCUGAAGGGGAUCUUCCAGCAACACCUCACCGCCUACAUAGAUGCAGAGACCAAGUACCUGCAUGAUCGGUGCUCGGUGUUGAUGCUGCGCUACUACGAGAUGCGGGACCAUCAGAAGAAGCAGAUCCAGUCUGGCGGAAUUCAUGACUUACGUCGAGAUAUUCAAGCCAAACUUGGUACAGUGACAAAGGCAAACAUUAACAUAGGUCCGGCCAUUGAAAACUAUGGCGGCGAAACCUUCCUCUCCCAGGAGGUCUCCAUCAACAUCCUCCAGGAGACCAAACUGGCGUUCAAACGAUGUCACGUGUUAUCAUAUGAUGUGCCGAGCCAUUCAGUGAAGAUAUUUGAAGUGUUGGUACAGUACCUGGUCACAGAACACAUAGACUACGCUGUAGAGCUGGGUCUACAAGCUAUACCACUGCCGGACCCAAAGACAGAACCUGAGAUCUACUUCUUUGACGUCAUCAACCAGGCCAACACACUCUUCCACCUGUUUGAGAAACAAUUCAUGGACAGCCUAGUCCCUCUAGUCCUAUCCUCACCAAGGCAUGCUUUGUGUUUGAAAAGGAAACGUGAACUUCGAGAAACCCUAGAGAACAAGAUUGGCACAGGUCUAGAUAGGUCUUUGAAUACAAUUAUUGGCUGGACUAAGUAUAUCUUAGCUACAGAACAGAAGAAGUCCGACUUUAAGCCAGAAGAAGAUUGUCAACUGCAGAUGUUGUCUGUGGCGUGUGGGAAGGUUGUGAAGUUCAUGAAGGUUCAGGGCCAGGCCAUACAGUCCAGCCUGGACGGGAAGAACGUGGAGGUGGUGCUGGUCGACCUGGGCAAGAGGUUUCACCGGGUCAUCUACGAGCACAUUGUCCAGUUCCAGUACAAUGAGAUGGGAGCCAUGUUGGUGAUCUGUGACAUCAAUGAGUACCGGAAGUGUGUGAAGGAAGAGUUUAAGAUUCCCAUGGUAACACAGCUGUUUGAGAAGCUCCAUGCACUCUGUAACCUCCUUGUCGUGGUGCCAGAGAACAUCAAGGUUGUCAGAGAUGACGAACAACUGGCAAUGAUGGAAGAAUCAGUGGUGUUGCAGUUUGUACAGCUGCGUGCUGACUUCAAAACAGCGAGCCUUGCAAACAAGUUGAAGGAACUGAAAUAAGCCAGCUACUCUUACAUUCCUGAAUACUGCUACAUGAUGAUGCUUGCUGGGCUUCAGCUUCACCAACAGUAAACCAGACUCAUCCAGGCCACAAUAUACAUUACUCAUAUACUGCUCAAAGAAGGAAGGAGCACCAGAUUCUUUCACAUUGCUAUAGUUAGUCUGUCAUGGCAUAACAAAUAUCAAAGAAUUACAUGAUCCCUUACUUCUUUUGAGUAGUAUUAUCACUGAAAUGUUUUCCGAUGUCAGUGUUUGACAAUAAUAAUCCAUUUAUUUGAAUUUUUGUUAAAAAAAUGUUUUCCUUGGUGGAAAUACUUCCCCAAUUCAGUUUUCCCAGAAGCUGAUGAUGUUGUUCUAGGACAAGUGGAAGCUGUGGAAGUUGGUUGAGUGGAAGCUGAAAAGGAGGACAAUGUCCUUCUUGGUUGAGCAAGACCCUACAGUCAAUCUAUCACUGAUCUCUCUGUAUACAACAGAGAGGAAUUCUAAUAAGAGUGGAUAUUAGUCUUGUGAGGUGUGACUGGUGAGCUUGGGGCGAUACACACGACAGCCAUGAUAUGGAAAAUGAUAGUGAAGUCAACAUACGAUAUGUGUCUUGAUACAGAAAAACUGGCAGGUGAUAUAAGUUAAUCAAAAAGCGUUUUUGGUCCUGAGACUGGUGUUUGUAUAUGUUUAACCAAUAAGUUGACAAACAUCCAACACUAAAGAUGUUAGCAUGGACUGAUGUCAUGGUGUACUGUCACAAUGUAGGCAACAGAAUUAAUCCAUAGGCCCCUACUGUGGGUCAGAAAAUCGAUAAACUAGGCCCCAGUUUAGUAUCCACACCCCCUACUAUAUAAUGUCA